UGCCUUUCGCGUGUAUUUCUCAAGAAGAAUAAGAAGACGUGACGUAAUCGAUCCCUUGCGUUGUGUUUACUGUUCUAAUCUGAGCUGCUUGUUGAAGACUCCAAAUGGCGACGUCCGCUUUCUACAUUUAGCUAAAAACGGAUACAAAAAACACUCAAAGGACAUUUUGAGUGCACUUUUGUAAGAUUACAUUUGUGUUUCCACUGAGUCAAAGGCAUAGACAGUUCGACGUUAGCCGUUAGCUUAAGCAGCUUUGGGCCACAAUGGACGGCAGCGCCAGUGUGAGGAAAGCCCUGUCUGGGACCCUCGUCCCCGCAGCCGUCACCACCGUCGCCCUGAGACAAGAGCCUAAAGAGACGGACGCUGAGAAGCCCCAGAGAAAGGUUCUCAUCGAAGAGGAUUACAUUGAGAGCUUGGAGAAGAUCAUCCAGAGGGAUUUCUUCCCAGAUGUAACAAAACUGCAGGCCCAGAAAGACUAUCUUGAUGCGGAGGAAACUGGAGACCUGGAGAGGAUGAGAGAGAUAUCCAUCAGAUAUGGAAAUUCUUUGGCGAAAAACACACCACGCUCCGCUGCACCCUACGUGACCCCAGCUAGCUUUGAGACACCAGUGGGCCGCACAGGAUCUCCAUCCAUCUCUCAGACCAGUAGAGGUGUUGAUAGUGAAAGCUGUACAGGUGAGAAGAGAGAAGAAAAUGAGCUGCCCUCUCUGGAUCGCUUCCUUGCCAAAAACACCAGCGAGGAUAAUGCGUCAUUUGAACAGAUAAUGGUCCUGGCGGAAGAUAAGGAGAAGAUGAAGCAUUAUUGGUUGUAUGAGGCUGAAGCAGAAUUUCAAGAGCGUCAUGAGCAGAACCUGGCCUUACCACCGACAGAGAAGGCCGCUCUUGAGUGUGUCAAAGCCGGGCUCGAGACUUGGGAAUAUACAGCAAAGAACGCCUUGAUGUAUUAUCCAGAAGGUGUAAAAGAUGAUGACGCCCUCUUUAAGAAACCACGUGAGGUGGUUCACAAGAACACACGUUUUAGCGGAGAUCCGUUCAGCAAAGCUCUGAAUAAAAGCCAGAUUCAGCAAGCGGCAGCACUCAAUGCUCAGUUCAAGCAGGGUAAAGUUGGUCCAGACGGGAAAGAGCUGAUCCCACACGACUCUCCUACAGUGAAUGGAUACGGCUUUGAAAGAACACCCUCCCCUGCACCCGGCGUAGCUGAGUCACCUCUGAUGACUUGGGGUGAAAUUGAGAGCACGCCGUUUCGCUUGGACGGGUCCGACACACCGUAUGUGGAAAGGAACCACGGUCCAUCAUUUAAGAUUCCAGAACCAGGGAGAAGAGAGCGACUGGGUUUAAAGAUGGCAAACGAAGCGGCGGCCAAAAAUCGUGCCAAAAAGCAAGAGGCGUUGCGAAAGGUCACAGAGAACUUAGCCAGUCUAACACCGAAGGGUCUGAGCCCAGCGCUUACCCCUGCCCUGCAGAGGCUGGUCAACCGGACAUCCAGCAAGUACACAGACAAAGCCCUAAGAGCCAGCUACACGCCGUCGCCCUCGCACAGAAUUGCUGGCUGCAAGUCGCCGUUCGGCGGUCCGGCCACUCCCUCUGGGACACCCACGCCAGACAAAGCCAAGACACCAAGCACACAGGACCUUUCAUCACUCACGGACAAUCUGUUGCAGCUUCCAAAGAGACGGAAAGCGUCAGACUUUUUCUAAAAUGACACAUUUUCUACGCUUGGACUAUUAAAAAAAAAACAUAAUUCUGACAUUUUUUGGGAUGCGUUUUAGUGUAGGGAGGUUCAUUACUUUGCAGCAAGAGUGGAAGUCAUCUAUUUAUUUGUUUCUUUUUUUUUUUUUACCAGCAAGGUUAUGAUUAUGUCUGAGACUCACCCAUACAACAUUACAUAGUGAUAUUUACUCUGUCAGGAGAAAUACAGUACCUACAUGUUUCUCUCGUAUGUAAAUGUUUAUUUGUGCCAAAUGUUGUCUUUUUUUGGACAAAAUGUAACAGAUGUCUCAAGAAAAUAUACAUUCUAUUUUUCAAAAUUGCCUUC